AACAAAUAAGGUAUGGAAACGCCCGGCUCUGUGGGGGCCCAGCUGCGUAGCAUGAUAAGCAGGCUUCAUGCGCCUUGGGCUUAGUGCUUACAGUCCCACGCUGUACUCGUGGCUAGAGGUUAGACGAGCCUGCCACUAAUAUUCCGAUCUCGCUGAAUUCCCCACCCGGAGCAACGCAUCGGUCGAUUAUCUCCGAUGAUGAGAGUCACUGUGAUGAACCGCCUGAAAACGUGCAUAGAAAGGUUGCUCUAGCGUUUCUCCUCCACAGCAGGUUUAAAUUCACCAACCGCCCUUCUCUCAUAUUCGUAGCAAGCAAGGACUCUCUCCUCCCCAACCUGUCUGUUCCCUCUCACAUAAUCAGAGAUUCACAAUUGCGCCCAUGGCAGCCACCGUCACCAGCCAUGUCCCCGCCUACACCCUCGGAACUCUCAGCAUGGCUCUGGGUCUGAACGCCAUCUUUCGCCCUGCGGCAGAGUAUCCGCGUUUCGGGUUGCCGUUGGAACACGGCGGCGGUCAGACUCCACCGCACCGGGGCUCCGCCGUCUCCCCGCUCAUGUAUCUGAAAGGCAUCCGGGAGAUCAGCUAUGGCCUGUUGCUCAUCGGGUUAAAAUCCCAGGGCCAAGAGACGGCCGUCACGACGUUGGCGGCGGUGAUGGCCUGUGUAGGGCUGGCGGACGGCGUCGUGGUGUGGUGUUGUGGAGGUGCGGACCGGAGACAGAGAGCUUGGGGUCAUUGGGGUACGUUCUUGGGGCUGGGAGCGUGGGCUUGCUACCGGGUUUCUUGUUGACGGAGCUGGUUGAGGCUCAGGUGAAAAGCACUUUGAUGGCCUCGUGUGGCAAAGGCGCAUUGGCGACUGCUGCACUGACGGCAGAAGUGAUGAAGAGAAUGGGACUAUUUCAAUCUGGACAAGCCGGAGAUAUAUAGUUCUUGGCAGAAAGUCUGCGUU